UCCCUGUGCGGGCUAUGGAGGGAGCAGGCAGCCACGGCGCUUGUGCAGGGGGAUUUAGCGCUGAAUGGAGCUGAGCGCACAACUUCACUCCAGUCCUACUGCUGCCACCAACACCACCAACACCACCACUGCUGCUGCUGCUGCUGGGAUUUUCUGCCUGUGACAAACGUGCUGGACUUUACUUCUUCUUCUUCUUUCUUCUUCUGCCGACAUGUAUUCAGCAGCUUUGCUACUGAUGCUGGCCGUCAGGAUCUACGCAGACGGUAUGGAAGGACCAACAGCUGGCUGUACCUUUGAUGAGGACUCAGACCCUGGCUUGUGUGAAUACCGCCAGGGCCAAGAGGACGACUUUGACUGGCAACUGAUCAGGACGUAUAAUUGGCCGCAUCCGACCCCAGACCUUCUACGAGGCUCCUUCAUGAUGGUGAACUCGUCGCAGCAUUACGGGGGUCAGCGGGCUCAGCUGUUGCUUCUGCCGCUCAGUGAGAACGACACCCACUGCAUCCAGUUCAGCUACUUCCUGUACAGCCGUGACGGCCACAGCCCCGGGGACCUGCAGGUCUACAUCCGGGUCAACGGGGGCUCCAAAGGUAGCGCCGUGUGGAAUGUGUCGGGUUCUCAGGGCCGCCAGUGGCACCAGGUGGAGCUGGCGGUGAGCACCUUCUGGCCCAGCGAAUACCAGGUCAUCUUUGAAGCCACCAUUUCGGAGGAGCGACAGGGCUACAUUGCCUUGGACGACAUUGUGCUGCUCAAUUACCCCUGUUACAAGGUGCCUCAUUUCUCUCGGCUGGGUGACGUGGAGGUGAACGCCGGGCAGAACGCCUCAUUCCAGUGCGUCGCCACAGGCAAAGUUUCAGAGGCAGAGCCCUUCCUUCUGGAGCGGAGAAACGGCAUUGUGCUGGGCACGUCCAUGCUGUCUCGGCUGAGCCACAAGCGACUGAUGGCGAAUUUCCAGGUGGAGGCCGAACGUGGGGAGCAGGACCUGUACCGCUGCAUCACCUCGUCACUAAGGGGCGCCGCGGUCUCCAAUUUUGGCGAACUCAUCGUCAGAGUGCCCCCGACACCUAUCGCCCCCCCUCAGCUGCUUCGGGCAGGCCCCACCUAUCUGAUCAUCCAACUCAACACCAACUCCAUCGUCGGGGACGGACCUGUCAUUCGUCGGGAGAUUCAGUACCGGGCCAGCCAGUCCACGUGGAUGGAGACUCAUGGUGUCGGCUCGCUCACAUAUAAGGUGUGGCAUCUGGAGCCUGACACUGAGUACCACAUCAGUGUCCUACUCACCCGGCCUGGGGAAGGGGGCACCGGAGCACCUGGACCCCCACUGAUCAGCAGGACCAAGUGUGCAGAGCCCAUGCGUGCCUUGCGGGGUCUGACGGCGACAGAGAUCCAGCCCCGUCAGCUGGCCCUGCAGUGGGAGCCCCUGGGCUACAACCUGACCCGCUGUCACACCUACUCCCUGUCCCUGUGCUACCGCUACUCCAUGCCAACAGGUGGCAGCGGAGGAAACAACGCCACCGUCAGGGAGUGUCUGCAGGUGGAUCGGAACACGUCUCACUUCACGCUGAGGGAUCUGCCGCCGUUCCGAUCGGUGCACAUCCGGCUGGCGUUGGCCAACCCCGAAGGCAAGAAGGAGAGUCGAGAGGUCACGUUUCAGACAGAAGAAGACAUUCCCGGGGGCAUCGCUCCUGAGUCCCUGACCUUCACCCCACUCGACGACAUGAUCUUCCUCAAAUGGGAGGAGCCGGUGGAACCUAACGGUCUCAUCACGCAAUACGAGAUCAGCUACCAGAGUAUUGAGUCAUCAGAUCCGGGCAUUAACGUACCAGGUCCCCGUCGCACAGUAUCCAAGCUGAGGAACGAGACCUACCACAUGUUCUCCGGUCUACAUCCAGGAACCACAUACCUGGUGUCGGUACGAGCUCGAACCACCAAAGGAUUUGGUCAGACGGCGCUCACCGAGAUCACCACCAACAUCUCAGCCCCUGUUUUUGACUAUGAAGACAUCCCCUCUCCACUGAGUGAAUCGGAGAGCACCAUCACCGUGCUGCUGCGCCCUGCGUUGGGGAGAGGGGCUCCUGUCAGCGCCUACCAGGUGGUGGUGGUGGAAGAGGAUGGGUCUCGGCAGGUGAAGAGGAGGGAGCUGGGCUCGGUGGAUUGUUUUCCAACACCGAACUCCCACAACGAGGCUCAGGCCAAAGGUGCCCCGCAUUACUACACAGCCGAGCUAGCUCCCAGCAGUCUACCCGAGGCUACACCCUUCACCGUGGGCGACAACCAUACCUACAACGGCUACUGGAACAGCCCUUUAGACCCCACCAAGAACUACCUCAUUUACUUCCAGGCCACCAGCAACUUCAGAGGGGAGACCAGAAUCAACUGCAUUCGGAUUGCUCGCAAAGCUGCCUGUAAGGACUCGAAGCGGGCUCUGGAGGUAUCCCAGCAUGCCGAGGACAUGGGUCUGAUUCUUGGAGCCUGUGUCGGUGGAUUGGUGGUUCUCAUCUUGCUUCUGGGGGCCAUCGUCAUCAUCGUCAAGAAGGGAAGGGACUUCUAUCCUUACCCUUACUACCCUAGGAAGAAGGUGGCCAUAAACAAGGCGGCCAUGUCCUACAGGCAGGAGAAGAGUCGCAAGCUGAGCUCCUUAGACUGCAGCAUGACUGAGCAGAGCACUCUGCAGCAGGAUGAGAGGAUGGCCCACUCCUUCAUGGACGCUCAUGGCUGCAAUGCUCGAAACGAACAGCGCAGCUCCGUCAAUGAAUCCAGUAGCCUGCUGGGAGGCUCUCCUCACCGUAACUGUCGGAGAAAGAGCUCGCCCUAUCACACCGGGCAGCUCCACCCGGCUGUGAGGGUGGCUGACCUCCUCCAGCACAUCAACCAGAUGAAGACAGCAGAGGGAUACGGCUUCAAGCAGGAGUAUGAGAGUUUCUUUGAUGGCUGGGACGUCACGAAAAAGAAAGACAAGACCAAAGGAAGGCACGAUAGCUUGCUCAGCCAUGAUCGCCAUCGGGUGAAGCUCCACUCUCUCCUGGCAGACCCCAGCUCUGAUUAUGUCAACGCCAACUACAUCGACAUUCGGAUAAACAGGGAAGGUUAUCAACGAUCAAACCACUUCAUCGCCACUCAAGGCCCCAAGCAGGAGAUGAUCUACGACUUCUGGCGGAUGGUUUGGCAGGAGAACUGCUUCAGUAUUGUCAUGAUCACCAAGCUGGUGGAAGUGGGCAGGAUGAAGUGCUGUAAGUACUGGCCUGAUGACACCGAGCUUUACGGAGACAUUAAGAUAACACUGCUGAAGACAGAAACACUGGCAGAGUACACCGUGCGUACCUUCGCCAUGGAGAGGCGAGGCUACCCUGCCAAACAUGAGGUUUGCCAGUUCCACUUCACGUCCUGGCCUGAACACGGCGUACCAUACCACGCCACCGGCCUGCUGGCUUUCCUUCGCCGGGUCAAAGCCUCGACGCCACCUGAUGCCGGGCCUGUGGUCGUCCACUGCAGCAUGGGGGCAGGCAGGACCGGCUGCUACAUCGUGCUGGAUGUCAUGCUGGAUAUGGCCGAGUGUGAAGGAGUGGUAGACAUCUACAACUGUGUGAAGACCCUCUGCUCCCGACGCAUUAACAUGAUCCAGACUGAAGAGCAGUACGUGUUCAUCCAUGAUGCCAUCCUGGAGGCCUGUCUAUGUGGAGAAACUGCCAUCCCGGUUAAUGAGUUCGCUCUCACCUACAAGGAGAUGCUGAAGGUCGACUCCCAGAGCAACACCUCUCAGCUCAGAGAGGAGUUUCAGACUCUGAACUCGGUGACUCCUCACCUGGAUGUGGAGGAGUGCAGUAUUUCUCUGAUGCCCAGGAACCGUGAGAAGAAUCGCAGUAUGGACGUGUUGCCUCCGGACCGUUCCCUGGCCUUCCUGGUCACCACAGAGGGAGAGAGCAGCAACUACAUCAACGCAGCGCUGGCCGACAGCUUCCUCCGGCCCGCCGCCUUUGUGGUGACGCCGCACCCGCUGCCGGGCACCACCACGGACUUCUGGAGGCUGGUGUAUGACUAUGGAUGCACCUCUGUGGUGAUGCUCAACCAGCUCAACCAGUCCAACUCAGCCUGGCCCUGUCUGCAGUACUGGCCUGAACCGGGACUACAGCAGUUUGGGCCCAUGACGGUGGAGCUUCUGUCCAGGACAGCCGAUGAUGACGUCAUCAUCCGUCUUUUCCGAGUUCAGAACAUCACACGGGAUCUGGAGGAGGCAGACAUCACAGAGCAGGACACCGAUAGCCUCUGUCCCAAGAAGCUUCAGGAAGGCCAGCUGGUGGUGCGUCACUUCCAGUUUCUGCGCUGGUCUCCGUACCGAGACGUGCCCGACUCCAAGAAGGCCUUCCUCAGCCUCCUGGCUCAGGUUCACAACUGGCAGAGGGAGUGCGGAGAGGGACGCACCGUCGUCCACUGCCUGAAUGGCGGCGGUCGGAGCGGUACUUUCUGUGCCUGCACCAUGAUCCUGGAAAUGAUUCGUCACCACAGCAUGGUGGACGUGUUCUUUGCUGCCAAAACACUGCGCAACUCCAAGCCAAACAUGGUGGAGACGAUGGAACAGUACCGGUUCUGCUACGAACUGGCCCAGGAGUACCUGGACUGCCUGGAGGUCAGAUAGCACCGAUCCCUAACACUCUGUCCCUCAUCGAGGAGACGGUCCAGAUCCUGGAUCCUGCGUCCCAGGUCUCUGCCUCCUUAAGUCCAUGUGUACAGCUCUGGUUGUGUUCUUCAUGCCUGGAUGAAACGUCGUCUGCCAUAAAGACUGUUGAGAAAGCUCACUGGACAACAUACUGUAACAUACUACUGACCCCAAUCCCAACCCCUACCCCCCACCCCCACCUCAGCCCCUCCACCUUUUUGCAUCCCCUCUGCACUCUGAUCCGAACCUCUUUUGUGCCACUUAGAUCUGCCAAAACCAGAGGACUCUUAACAGGAACAGAGUUGAUUUUGUACGACCUGUCAGACUACCUGUUGUACACCUCAACGACGGGGGUCCCAGAACUCCGCUGUAUCCUGCCUUACUCUGAACAAACACUGAAAGGGAACUACAGCUAAAGCCAACCACUGGGUGAUGUUUGUGUUUGUUUGUAACACUGUAAAUGGUGCAAUCUGCUGUUGGUGACCAUCCCAUGUUGUACUGUGCUAUAUUUGAGCGUUACCGUGGCUGAGGCUGAUAAAUGAAGGCUAAUGUUAGCAGAAGGACAAACACAGUCCCAUCCAGAUGGACAUAUCUGUACAGUAGAGUUGUCUUGGACCUAAUUUCUCUUUAUUUAUUCUUCGUGUAUAUAGGUGUUUCUUUUCCUUCUCGCAGGUGUUUCUAGAUGUUCUCAACGUCCUCUCAAUGUGCCAAUCCAUCCUCUCUGUGUCUGUAAAUGGGGACCACUUCAGCAUCUGCAUGCCCAAGUCUUAAGUGUUUCAUUGCGGUGUGUGGCCCAAAGUCUGCUUCAGGGGGAGACACUAAUCCCUGCUAGUCUGAGAGAGCUCCCUAAGAAUAACCACGUGUUGCUGUGACGAAAAACGGCGAUGUCCUCGCCAAAAAAUCUGUCGCUUUCUAAAUUUGUAUUUAUUCUAUGUGCUUUAUUUUCUAAAUAGUGUAUAAAACAGAAAAGUAAUAAAAUAUGUUGUUGCUUAAGAAC